UUAUAAUAUAAUAAUAAUUAUAUAUAUCAUAUUAAGUUUAUCACAAAAAACUCAAAUCCAAAUGAGAAAGAAAAUUUACAAAUCUUUCAUUUCUGCUAUAUAGGCGACAUAAAUAUAGUAUAUAAAAAAAAGUUGAUUACAUUUUUCAUAUGAAAUCCAUAGUACCAUACGUUUUGAUGAUUAUUCAAAAGAAAUCCAUUUUUCGUACAUUAACCAUAAGCCAAAAUAUCGAAUAAAAAUGGCUGAACAUUCGGAUUUGAUUUCGGAAAUGGCCUAUCUGGAAAAGCUAAAUACUGAAGAGCGAUUAAAAUUGGCACGAAAAAGGCGAUCUCAACAAUUGAAAAAAUGGUCACAACGAGAAAAAGAUUAUACCUAUAUGAAUAAAAGAAAACGAGCCGAUGGGAGCCAAACUGAUACGGCUAAAGUUAAAAAUAAUAAUAAUAAUAAUAAUAAGAAUGGAUAUAAAGUUCAUUUUGUACCAUCUGUGAUGUUGUUGGAAGCUGCCACUCGAAAUGAUAUAUACGAAGUGAGACGUUUACUCAUGUUGGGAGUAAGUCCUGAUUCGACCAACGAAGAUGGCCUUACAGCUUUGCAUCAAUGUUGUAUUGACAAUUGUGAAGAAAUGAUGCGUUUAUUGAUCGAAUUUAAAGCCAAUGUAAAUGCUAAAGAUAGUGAACAAUGGACACCAUUACAUGCUGCCGCAACUUGUGGUCACUUGAAUUUAAUUAAAUUAUUAAUUGAAAAUGAUGCCGAUUUAUUAGCUGUGAAUGCCGAUGGUAAUAUGCCUUAUGAUAUUUGUGAGGAUGAACAAACAUUGGAUUAUAUCGAGGCCGAAAUGGCCAAACGAGGAAUCACACAGGAAUUAAUAGAUCAAAUCCGAGUGAAAACUGAGAAUCAAAUGCUUUUCGAUAUGAAAGAAUUGGUUCAAAAUGGAUACGAUAUUGAUUUGAAGGAUGAACAAGGCGCCACGCCGCUUCAUAUCGCCGCUGCUAACGGAUAUAUGAGCGUCAUCGAGUUCUUGGUCGAUAACAAUGCUUCCAUAGAUGAGUGUGACAAUGAUUUAUGGCAGCCAAUUCAUGCAGCUGCUUGUUGGGGACAUAUUGAUGUUGUCGAAUUCUUAGUUCAAAAUGGUGCCGAUUUAGAGGCCAAAACAAAAAAUGGGGAAACUCCUUUCGAUAUUUGUGAGGAUCCAGAUUUAAAGAAUCGAAUUUUACAACUAAAGACAGAAAUUGAUGCCAAAAAAGCUAUAAAUUCAACCAGGUUACGGAGGUCACAUAGCACCAACACCCGUUCACAUUCGAUUCGACGGACUAGUAUUCGAGAAAAGUCACAAAUUGCGAAAAGAGAAGCCAUUGAAGAAGCGAGAAUAUGGCAUGAAAAAGCUGGCGAAUCCGACGACAUUAAAAAAGAUGAUAGUGACCUUGAUUCAGACACUCAAUUCUAUAAAGAUUUUAAUCGGAAAUUGAUAACAGAAUCGCCAAUUGAUAUUGAUUCUAUCAAAGUUAAUAUGGAUUCAAAUAAUAUUUUUCACAUCUCGUCACCAUCAUCAUUUCAAUCAGAAAAUGGAAAUCAUGAUCUUAUUAAUAAUACUUCAAACUAUUCUAAGCCACAACCGGAUACAGGGACUUAUAAUAACGAUCAUCAUCAGCAAGUUGGAUCCAGUCAUCAAUAUGAUUUAAACAUUUCGAAUGAACCUCAGGACAAUCAAUAUCCUAAUAUAGAAUAUACACCACAAAAUAGGAAAUUUGAUCGUAUGGAUGGCAAUGAUUCUCAUCAAUGUUCCAAGAAUCAUGAUAGUUAUCAUCCUGAUUUAAGUGGUUAUAGUAUAAACAAUAAUAAUACCGGCACUGGUACGUUAAUUGAUCUCAAAAAACAACGGUCAGAAAAACAUCGUAACAGCUUAAAUAACAUUUAUUCCGAUCGAUAUAAAUCAUUUGCAAUUGAUCAUCCUUCUAACACUAACAUUCAAUCAAUUAUACCAACUAAUCAAACUACAAUCAAUCAUCAUAUGAAACCGACGACAACAAAACUUUAUGGCCAGAAUGUAAAUCUUCAAUUAAAAACACAAAUGGGCAAUGUUUCAUCAUUGAAUAACACGAAAACGCCUUUCUCCAUGACCACAAAUGAUUCCAUGUUUGAUUCUCCAGAUGCUGCAAGGAAAAAAUUUCGUGGUAAUCCAAGUGAAUUGAUUGGUGAAGAAGAGAAAAAAGGUUGUUGCAAUAUUUGCUGAUAAAAAAUAAUAUAGAAAUAUAAUAUUCGCCUUUCUGUUUUAUCCAUUUCAUUCCAAUCAUUAUUUAUUCCAUUGUAAUUAUAAAAAAAAAAUUAUCGCUGUGAUAAUCACGGUUAAUCAAAUUUUUAAAGAAAUUAUCGUGAACGUAUGUCAUUAUUAAAAUAACACAUGCAUUAGACCAUUUAUAUAAGACGAAUUUAUUUUACAAUUCACAAAUGCUUUGCAUCAAAUGGACAAACACACACACACACAACAACAACAACAACAACA